AUGAGCCGUUUCAAACGCUGCCUGGCUAUCGUUAACACCCGAAGUGGAGCUCGCGAGGGUCUUUCUGUUUUCGCAAGUGCUUUGCGACAGUACCUUGAUAACGCAGGAAUUGUGCACCACGACGUGUGUGUGCCCGAGAAAGAUAUUAUCUGCGCCAUGGAACGCCAUGCGGGUGGUACUGAUGCCAUCAUUGUGUGUGGUGGUGAUGGCACACUAAGCUCUGUUGUCAAUGUACUGGCGGCAACUCCAAAUCAUCCACUGGCCGCUGCUCCCAUAGUCCUGGUGCCGUGUGGGUUGCAAAACUCAGUUGCAGCUUCUCUGGGUAUUUUCUCUGCGGAACGUUCCGUUUCUGCCUUCGUGCUUGGUCGCGUGGAGCAGGUGCCCCUCUGGGAGGUACGGAUUAAUGGCGCGCUCACUCGGUAUGUGGCCUCCUACCUCGCUGUCGGUACUUAUGCAAUGUGCGUUAAGCGACUGCAUGAGUUAGAUGCUGUUGGGGACAAUUACAUUUCGCUUCCAAUGGUUCGGGGGAAGUACAGGUUGGGGGCGUUUUAUACAGCAAUGCGCAAUGAGACAAUUUCGUGUAGCGCUACCCUGACAUGCUGUACAAGAGGAGGAAAAGGAAAGAAGGAUGCACCAGGAGCCCUGGGAAGGUCACACGUUCUUAUUCAGAGUCCAAUGAAGAUGCUGUUAGCCUCGCAGAUGCCUUUUCAACACCGCCACUACACACUUACUCCAAAUGCUACAUUUAAGCGGGGAUCGAUGUGUGUCACGCAUGCUACCCAUGAAGCAACGCGGAUGCGCCUUUGGCAUCUUUUAAGUCGUGAGGCCAUAGAAGGUGUAGUUCUUAAUGAAGAUGGUGUUGGUGAGUCAGUUGAUGUAACAGGGUUGGAGUUUACCCUCCAUGCUGCUCGUGAAGGUGCUGGCGGAAGGUCUGGCGCGGUAAUGAUGCUGGACGGCGAGGCGGUGCAAGUGUUUCCAGGGUCAACAGUUUCAGUCCAGCGUUCAACCUGCCAUGCGCUGCUGGCAUCCUGCUGA